AUGGCGGAGACCGUGGCGGACACCCGGCGGCUGAUCACCAAGCCGCAGAACCUGAAUGACGCCUACGGGCCGCCCAGCAACUUCCUCGAGAUCGACGUGAGCAACCCACAGACCGUGGGGGUCGGCCGGGGCCGCUUCACCACCUACGAAAUCAGAGUCAAGACAAAUCUUCCAAUUUUCAAGCUGAAGGAAUCUACCGUUAGAAGAAGAUACAGUGACUUUGAAUGGCUGCGAAGUGAAUUAGAAAGAGAGAGCAAGGUUGUAGUUCCCCCACUCCCUGGGAAAGCAUUUUUGCGCCAACUUCCUUUUAGAGGAGAUGACGGAAUAUUUGAUGACAAUUUUAUUGAGGAAAGGAAGCAAGGACUGGAGCAGUUUAUAAACAAGGUCGCUGGUCAUCCUCUGGCACAGAAUGAACGUUGUCUUCACAUGUUUUUACAGGAUGAAAUCAUAGAUAAAAGCUAUACUCCCUCUAAAAUAAGGCAUGCCUGA